AUGGUCAUUAGCGGAAUUCACGGAACAAGCUAUCUGGUUAUAGAUGAAAGCUACGAAAGCUUGGAGUUCUUUAGAAGAUGUUGGUGGAAGCAUAAUAUACAGAACACACUGCAUGGGAUAGAGAUGCAACCGCACCUUCAUCGAAAGGUCCCAGCCGAAGAGAUCGAGCUAGCUGCCGAGAGCGACCUGAGCGAGAGUGACGAAGGCUUUGUCAAAUUUGACUGGAAACCUGUCGAUAAUCACGAGCCCAAGCAUCGAACCACGUCAGACCAGCUGUCGUAUAAAUCUAGCUAUAGCAGCUAUGCAAUAGAAUCUGAAAAAUCUUGCUGCGACAUUUCGGGGCGUAUGGGCCAGAACGGCAUGGAUUUUAACAGCGAUGAUGAGAAACAGCGUCGGCGCCUGAAGGUUGAUGCAAGAAGGAAACGUGCGGCCGCGUGUCUAGCUUCGAUUGUUAUAUCUAUUCGAUCGGACGGCAAGGACGAGAACAAAAGGGAUGUGGCAAAAUCCACGACCUCGGGCGUCUAG